AUGGGUCGUCGUCCCGCACGCUGCUACCGUUACUGUAAGAACAAGCCGUUCCCCAAGUCGAGGUACAACCGUGGUGUCCCCGAGCCCAAGAUCAGGAUCUACGAUCUCGGCCGGAAGCGUGCAUCCGUCGAUGACUUCCCCUUCUGCUGCCACCUCGUCUCGGACGAGUACGAACAGCUUUCGUCCGAAGCCCUCGAGGCGGCCCGUAUUUGCGCCAACAAGUACGUCGUCAAGACGUCCGGCAAGGAUGCUUUCCACAUGCGUAUUCGUCUUCACCCCUACCACAUUGUCCGUAUCAACAAGAUGUUGAGUUGUGCCGGUGCCGAUCGGCUGCAGCAGGGUAUGCGAGGAGCUUGGGGUAAGCCAUACGGUGCCGUCGCCCGUGUCAACAUUGGCCAGGUCAUCAUGUCGAUCCGAUGCAAGGACGCCAACAAGGCCGUCAUCAUCGAGGCCCUCCGUCGUGCCCGGUACAAGUUCCCCGGAAGGCAGAAGAUCAUCGUCUCCAAGAAGUGGGGUUUCACCUCGCUCGACCGGGCCGACUACGAGCAGCUCAAGCGCGACAAGAAGGUCAUCAACGACGGGUGCUACGUUCAGUUCCUCAAGCCCAAGGGCCCGCUCGUCAACUCUCUCCGUAUGGCCACCCGUGUUUAG